CGCUCAUUCAUCUGUGCACAGUUAGCUCCUCAAGGCUAAAUCCAACACAGUGCAACCUUUUUACAAAUCAAAAUGGCUAAACAAUACGACGUGCUCUUCCGACUCCUGCUCCUGGGAGAUUCUGGCGUGGGGAAAACGUGUUUGUUAUGCAGGUUUACGGACAAUGAAUUUCACCCGUCUCAUAUUUCCACUAUCGGAGUCGACUUUAAGAUGAAGACCCUGGUCAUAGACGGCAUCAAAGUACGGAUACAGAUUUGGGACACAGCAGGACAGGAGAGAUACCAGACCAUUACAAAACAGUACUACAGACGCGCCCAGGGGAUCUUCUUGGUGUAUGACAUCACCAGUGAGAGAUCGUUCCAGCACAUCAUGAAGUGGGCCAGUGACGUGGAUGAGUACGCGCCCGAGAAAGUGCAGAAGAUCCUGGUUGGGAACAAAGCCGACGAGGAAAACAAGAGGCAGGUGGCCACAGAGCAAGGAAGCAAGCUGGCCAAAGCCUACGGUAUGGACUUCUUUGAAACAAGUGCCUUCACAAAUCAGAACAUAACAGAGACGUUCACCCGUUUAGCAGAGCAGGUGCUGGCUGUCCACAAAAAGGACUUGGAUCUCCUGCAGACUUCACUGAGCGACCAGCUGGACCUGUCUGCUCUGGAGGAGGAGGAGGGGCUGUGCGAUCACAUGACCGGGGACCAGACCAAGGCCUGCUGGUGCUAGGACUAAACCAGGACUUAAAACCAGGACCAAAACAGGACCAAACUAUGGACAUGGACUGAUCUAAAGCACCAUUCACAAAGACUCAGAGGUCAGGUCCACACGCCGUAGUGAAGAUGCUGCCACUGCAAGCCAUUUGGAAGGAGAAUUUUGGUUUAUUUGUCAUGUAAUUUCAGUUUUAUUUUUAGAUCAAGUUAAAAAUUGUGGUAAUUUGUGUUUAUGUUUAUGUUUCCUCAUCACAAACAGACCUGGAGUUGUGUUUUUUGUUUCCUUCACACAUGUUUAAUGCACGUUCUUCGCUCAAAUGUUAACACAGGAAGUGCUCCACUGUGUUUUUAAACUCCAUACACCUUUACUAGAAUCAUUUUGAUAAUUUCAGCCCUGGAACUGCCAAUCUCUACUGAACAAAAGGUAAAAAGUAGCUGUUCAUGACAUCACGAGGUGGAACAGAGCAUUUUGAGCUUUGGAAAUAUAGUCAGACUAAUAAUAAAGAGUUACUCAAGCAUGUGUGAAUGAAACAAAACACAACUCCAGGUUUAUUUUUGAGGAUGUAACAACAUUAUAACACGAUUUAAAGCUCACAAGAGUCAAUUUUGUGUAAUAUAGGACCUUUAACCACCAACAUGCAUUUGAUUUUUUAAAGGUGCACUGUGUAACAUUUUUGAUAAUGGGUCUACAGUAGGGCCGGGUAUCAUUAAGAAGUUGCCGAUACGAUACAUAGGCCAUGACACAAUACACUGAACUUUUGAUUUGAUACGAUAUAUUUCAAAUCGAUUCA